CAAGAUAUGCGCGAAAGCAAAAAGUGUCAACCUGUCAACAAUGAUCAGAUAAAAAAAGCUUUGUUUCGUAAGCAAGGAGAUUAUGAUAGUGUCCUAAAUAAUAAAAUUUUUAAAUUACAACACAUGUACAACACUAUUAAUCUAAUAUUUGGAAACCUUUUUGAAUAUUUUUUUUGUCAUUAUUCAAUCUGUCGAAUGAAACAUGAAUAACUUACGAUAUUCGUAAAUAAAUAUGACACUUCUUUGUUUGGAUCUAAAAAAUUAGCCAAAUUCUCCUUAUUGUGCACAUAAUACACAAAUUAUUAUUUGCGUCUUAAUGAAUUCGACUGCCUUUUUGUUGAAGAAAAAUUAUAAAAAUGCAGAGUUACGCAGCAUUACAGGACGGUGACCAAGAAGAAAGUGGUGUUAUGAUUCAUGUUGUUGAAUCUAGAGCACGAUGGAAUCAUAUAGACGAUCUGGAUUCAUUUUUUUCCAGAAUGUACCGAUACCAUCAGAAACAUGGUUUCUAUUGCAUGAUGCUACAAGAAGCCCUGGAAUUAUGUCAGUUCGUUUUUGUAGUGUUUUUUACAACAUUUUUACUGCAUUGUAUAGAUUAUCGCAUAUUGUUUAAGGAAGUACCAACAAACUCUACUAAAGUAACAAUGGCAGAUGUAAUAUAUUCGCCUCAGGAAUGUAAAAGCCACUUUGGUUUGUUCACAUGGAUUGCACUUUGUAUAGCUGCAAUAGUUUGGACAUUAAGACUAAUACGUGGUGUGUACCACAUGUUUCACUUCUGGGAUAUAAAACAGUUCUUCAAUACUGCUCUAGAUGUAGCCGAUUCAGAAUUAGACAAUCUUACAUGGCAUGAAAUUCAAACCAGAGUGAGAAACGUUCAGUUAGAACAACAGAUGUGUAUACAUAAAAGGGAGUUAAGUGAACUUGAUAUUUACCACAGGAUAUUGAGGCAGCAAAAUUAUAUGGUAGCAAUGGCUAACAAAUGCUUACUGCCACCUCGAUUGCGAUUACCAUUUGUGGGGGAAGUUGUUUAUUGGACACGAAGUUUGCGUCACAACAUUUACUUUUUAUUGUUUUGGGGACCGUGGGCACCUUUUGAAAAUCCUUGGCAUCUCAGAGAAAACUAUAGGAAACCAAAUAUGAGACACGAAUUAUCUAAACAACUAGCACGACAUGUUCUUUGGCUUGCAUUAGCGAAUCUUGUAUUUGCUCCAUUAGUCUUUAUCUGGCAAAUACUUUAUGCUUUUUUCAAUUAUGCAGAAGUAAUUAAACGCGAACCCGGAAGCUUGGGAGUACGAAAUUGGUCAUUGUAUGGACGUUUAUAUUUACGACACUUUAACGAACUUGAUCACGAAUUGAACGCCCGGCUGAAUCGCGCUCAUCGACCUGCUACCAAAUACUUGUCAGCUUUUAGUUCUCCAAUGGCUACCGUGUUUGCUCGUUCAUUCGCGUUUAUGUGUGGAGCAGUGUUGGCUGUUCUUUUACUUCUGACAGUUUAUGAUGAAGAUGUACUAUCAGUUGAACAUGUUCUGACAAUGAUGACGUUGUUGGGUGCCAGUGUUGCAGUCUGCAGAGCUUUAAUUCCAGAUGAAACAAUGGCAUGGUGUCCUGAAACAUUACUGGCCAAUGUUUUGGCUCACACACACUAUUUACCGUCGGGAUGGAAAAAUCAAGCGCACACUACGAGGGUACGGUCGGAAUUCCAACAACUCUUUCAAAUUCGUGUGGUUGGAGUAUUGGAAGAACUUCUGUCGCCUUUGAUCACACCAUAUUUGUUAUGGAGGCACAUUUAUCCAAGAACGCUGGACUUUGUUGACUUUUACAGAAACUUCACUGUAUCCGUUGUUGGUGUGGGAGAUGUAUGUAGCUUUGCACAAAUGGACGUACGAAAACAUGGGAAUCCAGAUUGGCAGGGUGGUUAUACUUCAGUUGCUGCUGCUCCCAAUCAGUACACUCAGGCAGAGGACGGGAAGACGGAGUUGUCUCUUAUGCAUUUCAAGUUGACCAACCCUAGCUGGCAUCCCCCUCCAGAGGCUCAACAAUUUGUUGAAGCUGUUGAAAGAGAAAGCAGCCUCAUCAUGCCGCACAGUGAAGGAGAAUUGUACACCAACGCAGAUCUGACGGACAGUUCCAUUCGGGGCGACGCUUACAGAUUGGAGGGGCCGCUUAAUUCGAAUAUCGAAAAUAUGAGUUUGAGUACAUUGUACCUGCACGAUAGACAUUAUAGACAAGCGGGCUCGCGUUAUCGUAGACCUGCCGAAGAAACUACUCCACUUCUUCGUAGUAAUUGAUCUAGUCUAAGUAAUCCUAAAAUUAAUUAAAUUAUUACUUUACUGUAUAGGAUGUAUAUUUUUUGUUUUAAUGUCUUUUUUUAAUAAAAAUUGCGACUAUGUGCCUCUAACGUAUUUAAUUGAAAUGUAGUUAUAAUAACCAGUUUUUAAUUUUUGUCAACAACAAAGGUCGUAGCCCGGUAUGCAUAGGUGAUCUAUUUUCAAUAACUAAAUGAAGAUAAUAACAGUAGUUUAUUAAUGUGUGACACCACUAUACAGUAUAAGGAAUCAAGAACCUUGCAUACGUAAAUAACAAAUGUCAAAACAAGAAUGUGAUUCAGUUAUAUACAUAUAUAGUUUUAGUUUUAUUUAUUUAAAGACUUACAAUGUACUUGCUUUUUAAUACAGUUAUCAAAAACAACGGUUAUUAAUAAAAAAGUCUUACUCAAAUCACAAAAUGUAAGUUCAAGUCAACUUUUAAAAGAAAUUUUGUUAAAUAUUUCAAUUUUUAUGGAAAUUACUAUGGAAUUUGUAAUGUAAUAGCUUGGUUAUUUUUAUUAAAAGCGUUUUUACCAAC